CCAUGCAGGUUUGCUAUUGGACGAAUGUGACUGGAAUAGGCGGGUGUUAUCUGCGUGGCAGUGUCGAAGGGGGCGGGGCGUUAGGGUCGGACAGGAAAAGAGAAGGAAAGCGAAGACACCCGAGAGAGACAUAAACGAUGGCUGCCAUCCGUAAGAAGCUGGUGAUCGUAGGGGAUGGAGCAUGCGGGAAGACGUGUCUGCUCAUCGUCUUCAGUAAAGACCAGUUUCCCGAGGUCUACGUCCCCACAGUGUUCGAGAACUACGUUGCCGACAUUGAGGUCGACUGCAAGCAGGUGGAGCUGGCACUGUGGGACACAGCUGGGCAGGAGGACUAUGACAGGCUCCGCCCCUUAUCUUAUCCCGAUACCGACGUCAUCCUCAUGUGCUUCUCCAUAGACAGUCCUGACAGUUUGGAAAACAUUCCUGAGAAGUGGACGCCAGAGGUAAAGCACUUCUGCCCAAACGUUCCCAUAAUCCUUGUGGGCAACAAGAAGGACCUACGCAACGAUGAGCACACACGCCGGGAACUAGCCAAGAUGAAACAGGAGCCAGUGAAGCCUGAGGAGGGCCGGGAGAUGGCCAACCGAAUCAACGCCUUCGGCUACCUGGAGUGCUCGGCCAAAACCAAGGACGGAGUGAGGGAGGUGUUUGAGAUGGCCACUAGGGCGGCGCUGCAGGCCAAGAAACGGGGCAAGAAGAGUGCCUGCCUCCUGCUAUAGAGGUCCAAGGA